ACCGCCGUCUGCCGUCGGGAGGAGCGGAGUCGGAUAAUGCGCGUGUGUGCAGUGACCACGUCGUCAAAGAUGUAUGGGCGGUACACCCAAGAGCUGGGUGUCUAUGCUAAGGAGGAGGCGGCCCGUCUACGGGAUGGAGGAGUGCGGGAUGGCGGGGGGCUGCGGAGGAACACCAGCGUCCGCAGCCGUGCUGCGGAUCUACUGGAAUAUGAGAAAGACCCCUGCGCUAAGUGCCAAAUGUGUGCAUCUCGCUGUCAGAAGUUCCUGAUGUCGCGGGUCGGGGAGGACUGGAUCUUCCUCAUACUGCUGGGGUUACUCAUGGCUCUGGUCAGCUGGGUCAUGGACUAUGCCAUCGCCUUCUGCCAAGAAGCACAGAAGUGGAUGUAUGGUGGACUGGACAGUAACAUGCUUCUCCAGUACAUUGCCUGGGUCACCUAUCCUGUAGUGCUCAUCACAUUCUCAGCAGGAUUUACACAGAUAUUGUCUCCACAGGCUGUGGGUUCAGGGAUUCCUGAGAUGAAGACCAUCUUAAGAGGGGUGGUACUGAAGGAGUACCUGACCUUUAAGACGUUUGUGGCCAAAGUCAUCGGUCUGACCUGUGCCCUGGGCAGUGGGAUGCCGCUGGGCAAGGAGGGCCCAUUUGUUCAUGUCGCAAGCCUGUGCGCUGCUCUCUUGAGUAAAUUCAUGGCGGCUCUUUUUGGUGGGAUCUUUAUGGAAGAACCCUUUGAGGGAAACAAGAAUGAGUUGAGGAACACAGAGAUGCUGUCGGCUGCGUGCGCAGUGGGAGUGGGCUGCUGCUUUGCUGCCCCUAUUGGUGGUGUCCUGUUCAGCAUUGAGGUCACCUCCACAUUUUUUGCGGUGAGAAACUACUGGAGGGGCUUCUUUGCCGCCACCUUCAGCGCCUUUAUAUUCAGAGUCCUGGCAGUUUGGAACCAGGAGGAAGAAACCAUUACAGCCCUGUUUAAGACCCGCUUCCGUCUGGACUUCCCCUUCGAUCUUCAGGAGUUGCCAGCGUUUGCCAUCUUGGGGAUUGCUAGCGGGUUCGGCGGCGCUCUCUUUGUCUAUCUGAACCGACUGAUUGUGGAGAGCAUGAGGAAGCAAAAGACCAUUAACAAGUUCUUGCUCAGGAAGCGCCUGGUGUACCCUGCACUGGUCACCCUGCUGGUCUCCACCCUCACCUUCCCACCAGGCCUUGGACAGUUCAUGGCUGGUCAGCUGACACAGCACGAGUCUCUGGUGGCCUUGUUUGACAACCACACGUGGUGCCGUCAGGGUGUGUCUGAGGAGUUUGACUACAUUAGCCACUCCCAUGCCUGGAAACACCCCCAGGUCAACGUCUUCAUCACACUUAUCCUCUUCAUCAUCAUGAAGUUCUGGAUGUCUGCUUUGGCUACAACCAUGCCCGUUCCAUGUGGGGCCUUCAUGCCGGUUUUCCUCAUUGGUGCUGCGUUCGGCAGGCUUGUCGGAGAGAUCAUGGCAGCUAUGUUUCCUGAUGGAAUUCAUGCUGAUGGAAGUGUGUAUCCCAUCGUUCCCGGUGGUUAUGCGGUAGUCGGUGCCGCAGCGCUGUCUGGAGCGGUCACCCACACUGUAUCCACUGCAGUCAUAGUGUUUGAGCUGACAGGUCAGAUCUCCCAUAUUUUGCCUGUGAUGAUAGCAGUGAUACUGGCGAACGCUGUGGCCCAGUCCCUCCAACCCUCCCUCUACGACUCCAUCAUCAGGAUCAAGAAACUGCCUUAUUUGCCUGAACUGGGCAUGGGACAUCAUGAGAAGUACAAUAUCCGUGUGGAGGACAUCAUGGUCAGGGAUGUGCGCUUCAUCACCCUUACCUCCUCCUAUAGAGACCUGCAGGAGGUGCUGCUGACCGGUCAGCUCAAAACGCUGGCCCUGGUCGAGUCCAGAGAUUCCAUGAUCCUCUUGGGCUCCAUAGAGCGCUCCCAGCUCCAGUCUCUGCUCUCCCUGCAGCUGGGGCGCCAGCGGAGGCUGGAGCAUCUGCGACAGCUCGCUCAGGACAACGGCACCCAUGAUCACCUGCCGAGCCUGGCCACGGACAGUACCCCCAGCUCGCCCUGCGCACAUGCCCACAUCAACGCCACCACCAACAUCAGUGCCCGCCAAGGGGUCCGCUUCCUGAUUUCCACAGAGGAGUCGUCCUCCUUCAGCCCAACCGUGUCCAACGCUCAGCUUCCUCUGAAAUCGGCCCUGAAAACGGUGACUGCCAUCAGUGACACAGAGACACCCGAUAGUUCUCAGACACUCUCCUGUGCUGACCAUGAGACGGAGCUGCUGGAGAGCCCGGCUGGGCCGGCUCCCCCUGCAAACAGAAAGCCCAAGCCUAAACGAGUGAGGAUCUCCAUGGCGGAUUCCCCUGAAGUGGAAGACGACAUGACAACAACAGAGAUAGCAGAGUGGGAGGAGCAGCAGCUGGAUGAGCCAGUGGAUUUCAAGAACUGCAAGAUUGAUCCCGCCCCCUUCCAGCUGGUGGAGCAGACGUCACUACAUAAGACUCACACUAUCUUCUCUCUGCUGGGUCUGGAUCACGCCUAUGUGACCAGCACCGGACGCCUUGUCGGAGUGGUGUCUCUCAAAGAACUGCGCAAGGCCAUAGAAGGUUCUGUGACGGUGACGGGAGUGAAGGUGCGCCCCCCGCUGGCCAGUUUCCGCGACAGCGGGAACAGCACAAAUGUGUCCGAGGUGACAGAACUCCAUAAGCUUUGGAUCCGCCACAGGGGACUUUCGCUGCCACGGGAACCCACUCCUCCCGACAUGGAAAACCAGCCUGAUCUUUCAUAUGAAGAGGUCCCGGUCAAUAUCUCAGACACGUCGAAUUUGGAGUUUGAAAGCAGCACUGGCGACACCACAAACCUGGCAUCGGAAUUGGUGCUCCAGGACAGCCCCUCUCUCACAGAGGACCAGUCAGAAUUUACAUUUGAGUGCAGCCCGUCCCACACUGACGAAUCAGAGCUGGCCUGUGACUAUGACCCCUCCAACCACUCUCCUGAGCCAGAUCCAACGGAGCCACCGAAAGAACAGGAAAGCCCGUCCCGAAACAAGGACCAGACGGUCCAAUCAGAACAUGAGAACGAGGGAAGUCCCUCCCACACUGAUGAUCAAGAGGAAUGAUCAGUGUGGUCAAUGGACGCUUAAGGAUUUCAUACAGAGUCGUCUCAUGAUUGUUGAAGUUUCUACAUUUGUAGAGGUCACUCUCACCUCCA